AUGGACAAAACGCCUCUCAAUUCAGUAUCGCAUAUUUUUGUCCUCAAUAUGACUUCCCCCUAUGGCCCGUUGGCGAACUACUCUAACGGCAAACCGAUAGCACAAAAGACGGCCGAAGUGGGAACGCUAUCUUACCAAGCUGUCAUGACUUCAUUUGGCUCGGUUGUGGUUGGCACACUUUGGAAUUCUCAAGGCAGCAAUGGUAGAAUCGUUGCGAACGGUACAUCUGUGAUGUCGACAGUUUUGGACGAAGCGGGAGAGCUUGGAUGGAUGAAUGACUACCCUCCAAAGAAUGUGUAUUUCAUUGGUACAUUACAGCAAGCUAUCGCAAGCGAGGAUCCAGGUCAAAUGUGGAAUGGAUUGGAUGUUGUGGAUGACGUCCAAACUGCGAUUCCGUUCAAAGUGGCAUUAGAGAGCCUCUUCCAAAACAUCACGAUAGGACUAAUGAGUUCCAAGCUCCUGCAGUACGUUCAGUACUAA